UCCAGCACUCGAAGACACAAAAUGGAGUUGACGCUACCUGGCUGAGGAAGUCCAGUGGCGCUCAAUAUAAUGCUUUACCUGAAGUUUUUCUUUGUGUGUUUGAUAAAUUAAUAUUAGUUACAUCGACUGAGACACCUUGAAAAGAGGAUUCAAAAUGUUUUGGAGGCUGAUAUUCGCCGCUUUAAUGGCAACAGAGUCCACUGUGGCCAUUUCAGUGCAGUGCCCUACCAAGAGGUACAUUGUCAUCCUCUUCCAGCCUGUCACCCUGACCUGUAACUACCAGACAACCGCGACUCAGUCUCCUGUUGUCACAUGGACGUACAAAUCAUAUUGCCGGGACCCCGUCCAGGCUGCGCUAAAUCCCAGCAGCGCAGAUAACAUCCUGUCUCAGAACAACCCCAACUAUGACCCCAACAUCGAGUGUGCCGACAGCCAGAGGACGGUGCGCAUCGUGGCCUCCAAGCAAGGCAGUGGUGUUUCCCUCGGCACGGAGUACCAGGGCCGCAAGAUCAGCAUCAUGAACAAUGCAGAUCUGAACAUCGCACAGACCGCAUGGGGCGACAGUGGUGUCUAUAUCUGUUCUGUGGUCUCGUCACAAGACCUUACAGGGAAUGGCCAAGACUACACAGAGCUUAUUGUCCUCGACUGGCUCCUGGUUGUUUUGGUGGUGUUGGGCUUCCUGUUGCUGCUGAUGCUGAUUGGGAUCUGCUGGUGCCAGUGCUGUCCACAUACCUGCUGCUGCUACGUCAGCUGCCCCUGCUGUCCAGACCGCUGCUGCUGUCCACGAGCACUGUAUGAGGCAGGAAAAGCAGUGAAGAAAGGUCUGCCCAGUCAAUAUGCUCCCACCCUCUAUGCUCCCAGUAUGUAUGCUCAGCCAGCUUACAGUGGCCCCUUAAUGAACCAGCCUGUUAUGCCUCUGCUGCCUCUACCCAACGGAGCUGGACCCCCACCUCCCCACAACGGUUACAGUCAUGAAUAUGACGGCUCCAGUUCAGUUGGACAUGGCUCCCAGGUGCCUUUGCUGCACGACCAGGACGGCGGCGGCGGCGACCACACUCGCAGUGGGUAUCGUAUCCAGGUGGACCCUGAUGGGAACGCCACACGUGCCAUUUACUAUAUGGAGAGGGAGCUGGCCAAUUUGGACCCAUCAAGACCUACCAACUACAACCGCUUGGAAAAUAUGAGUGAAGUCAGCUCCCUGCAUGAUAGCUUGGAGCCUCGAGGCCGUGGGGGUCGUUCCCAGCCUCCACCUUUGGCCACGGUCUACGACCAGGAUGAAGCCAUGAGCACCAUCAGCAGUGUUUCGCAGCACGGACGCCGUCGUGAUGACCACCCACGCCGCGGGGGAGGCCAAAUGGGGGAUCAUGUACGCGCCCGCUCCAUGGACAACCUCGAUGACAUCGGACGCCGCUACGACCGAGACAACUACUCACCACACCGCCGCCCAGAUGAGCCCAGAGGAAGGAGAGGGUCUGAUGAUGAGUGGAGCAUCAGCGCCCGCAGUGGUUACAGCCGAGACUAUGAUGACCGCAGGCGUCGAGACUACUCCCCUGACGGUCGUCGAAGAGGAGAGGGAGGAGCCUACAGUGGCCUCGCAGGGAGACGCAGCCGCAGCCGUGAUGAUCUGAUGGACCUGGAGAGGGAUCGCCGGCGUGGCGGUGCAGCCAGGGGCGGGCGAGAUGAUUAUGACGACAGCUUCUUGCGAGAGGCUAUGGAGAGGAAGAAGAUGGGCGAGCAGCAGCGGGCACGCAGCCGGGAGCGCCUGGACAGCGAGAGUGACCGCUCGGAUCGGGGGAGGGCACCUCGUGGGGCCCCCCCUCUUCCUCUCAGCCCACCCUCUGGAUACCCGGGUCGGCGUGGUGACUACUUACCUCCUCCGCCACCACCGUACAGUGAAGAUGAAAGUGUGUCAUCUUCAAAGAAAAGCAACCUCCGCAAGAAUGGAGCUGUGAGUCGGGAGAGCCUGGUUGUGUAACCAUGACGUCAACAACCUGUCCAAUGAUGCAGCUUUAUUCACCUAAAAAAAAAAAAGAAAAAAAGGACCAGAUGAUUUCUAAGACUAAAUAUAAGUCACACUGCUGAUUUUGUAUAUUGCAUAAUUUACAGUAAACUUAUUACAAAUUGAUGCUAAAUGUGUAUGUGUACUUUUCCUACAGGGAGAAGGUUCAUAGAUGAAAUUUUAUGUGCCUUUUCAUAUAUAAAAGAUUGUGGCUGCCACAAGUGCCUUAGAGUGUACAGGAUUUAACAGGUAGAUUUGAAAGUCAAAUUGUUGCAUAAUUCUGUGUAAAACUGUUCAUGUAAACAUGUAAACAUGCUCCAGCAGUGCUUUAAACGUUCAGCUGAUACAGGUACUCGUGCAGAGUUGUAGGGUUUGUGGGCUUUUGUGUUUGUUUUGUUUUACUUUUGCUUGUGAAAAUUGUUUUUGUAAGAGAAGCUGUUGCUUUCAGUUGUGUUGGCGUGUGCUCCAGGCUUUGUUUAGUCUCAGAAAAAAUGUGUUUUUGAGUAUUUACAUUUUAUUUUUGUUCUUUGUUUUUUUUUUUUUUUUAUACAGAAUUUCAGUUUUAACCUAUAGUAUCUUGUACAGCCAAGCAGUAGUAGGCUCGUAAUAUGCAAAUUAUGUCAUGAAACCUAAUUUUACAAUAAAGGUCUCCAUUGCCA